CGGCGCCAUUUUGUCUCCUCGCAGAUCUCAUCAUGUCGUCUAACGAAGGAAAGCUUUUUGUCGGUGGCCUUAGCUUCGACACAAACGAGCAGAGCCUAGAAGAAGUAUUCGGUAAAUACGGACCGGUCAAUGAAGUGGUUGUGGUGAAAGAUCGGGAAACCAACAGAUCUCGUGGAUUUGGUUUUGUCACAUUUGAGAAUCCUGACGAUGCAAAGGAUGCUAUGGAGGCAAUGAAUGGAAAGUCCGUGGAUGGGCGUCAGAUUCGGGUUGAUCAGGCAGGAAGGUCCUCUGGUGACAGAAGAGGAGGCUACAGAGGCGGCUCAUCUGGAGGAAGAGGGUUCUUCCGUGGAAGCAGAGGUCGUGGUGGUGGUGGUGACCGUGGUUAUGGAAGCCGGUUUGACAGCAGCAGGAGUGGAGGCUAUGGUGGUGGAUCCCGGGAUUAUUAUAGCAGGAGUCAAGGAAGUUAUGGUGAUCGCUCAGGAAGCUCCUACAGAGACAGUUAUGACAGCUAUGCCUCACACGACUAAAAUACCUUCCUGACUCAAGAUCGUCCUUCCAAUGGCUGUAUUUAUAAAGAUUUUUGGAGCUUCGUUGAAUCAUUAAUGUGUAGUAUGUCAACUUGCGUUCACUUUUUUUAUAUGAACUUGGUUAAUUUUGACAGCCUUACUAGUAGAAUGUG